UUGCGUGAUCUGUUUGUCCCGUCCGCGUACUGUACCGCUCAACAUUUCUUGUAGAAAUCUUGAGAAAGGACAACAACCAGACUGUAUAGAGGGAGCUUACAGUCGCUAAUUUUGACGGGUUGGGCCCCUCUACCCACCACACCCCACCAUGCCUCUGGUUACCAGGAAUAUAGAACCGCGACAUGUGUGUCGCCAGACCAUCCCCACCAACAUCCGCAGUGAGCUAGAAUGUGUCACCAAUAUCAGCUUGGCCAACAUCAUCCGUCAGCUCGGCAGCCUCAGCAAGUAUGCAGAGGAUGUGUUCGGGGAGCUGUUUGUACAGGCUGGAGCAUUCGCCAUCAGAGUAAAUACGCUGGGGGAAAGAGUGGAUCGUCUGCAGGUCAAAGUCACUCAACUGGACCCUAAAGAGGAGGAGGUCUCUCUGCAGGCCAUCACUACCCGUAAGGCCUUCCGGAGCAGCCUGACCCAGGACCAGCAGCUCUUUACCAGGCCGUCUCUGCCAAUGCCUGUACAGGACACCUAUACAACCUGUGAUCCACCCCCACCACUCAAUCAUCUCAGCCAAUACCGGGAGGAUGGGAGGGAAGCCCUGAAGUUUUACACGGAUCCUUCCUACUUCUUUGACCUAUGGAAGGAGAAGAUGCUGCAGGACACCAAGGACAUCAUGAAGGAGAAACGCAAGCACCGAAAGGAGAAGAAAGACAACCUGAACCAGCGGACGCUCAAUCCUCGUAAGAUCAAGACCAGGAAGGAGGAAUGGGAGCGCCGCAAGAUGGGAGAGGAGUUUGUGGUGCCGAAGAAUGAUUUGAUGAAUUCUUCUGAGGGUCUGAAUGGCAGUAUUGGAUCUGGAGAUGGCUUCACUUCUGAAGGCCUGGAGCAGAGUACAGGCUCCUACGCUUAUGACCCCGGCUCCCCUCUCCCUCCGCCUGGCCCUGAUGACUUCCUGCCCCCUCCACCUCCAGACAUGGCGUUUAACGAUGGACAGUAUGGUGCACCGACCCAGAAACGUGUCAGCGUACUGAGUCCAAACCACCCGCCUCCUGCUCCCCCAAUGGCCUCUCCGCCAGCCAACUCUCGCCCUAACCUCUCCCCUCCCCCUGCACCUCCUCCCCCACCUCCACCCUCCGGCUUUGGGGUUCCCCCACCUCCCCCUGGCUUUGACACCCCACCUUCCCCUCCUCCCCCCUCCUCCUCUCCUUCCGCCUAUCCCUCCCCACCUGCUCCCCCUCCUCCACCUACUAUGUCCGCUGUAUCUCCUCCACCCCCACCGCCCAUGCCUACAGGUGGUGGUCCACCACCUCCUCCUCCUCCUCCUCCACCUCCCCCUGGUCCUCCUCCCCCAUCCUUUGAAAUCUCCACUCCCUCUGGUGGUGGAGUGGCACCCAGCUCUGCUCCUAAACCGCAGCCAGAACCCGCCGGUGAUGCUCGGAGUGACCUGCUGCAGGCCAUCCGACAAGGUUUCAACCUGCGGAAAGUGGAGGCACAGCGGGAGCAGGAGAAGAGGGAUCACAUCGGCAACGACGUGGCUGCCAUCCUGUCGCGUCGUAUCGCUGUGGAGUGCAGCGACAGCGAGGAUGACUCUUCAGAGUUUGAUGAUGAUGAAUGGUCUGAAUGAUAGUUGUCCUGGUUUCACCUUCACUACCACCUUUGUAUCUUUCCUCAGCUUUAAACAUCAGAGUUUUACCAUUCAGAUUACAUUCUGAAGCACCACUGAAUCAGAGGUCCAUAUUUCUAUGUGUGAGUUUGAGUGUAUACUAUGUACAAGUGACCUAUUAUAAAUCACAUUCCUUGACCCAUUUAUUCCUAUUUAUCCAAAUUUAUUCCUUUCAGAGGUGCACAAGUACAAAGAUGAGUGUGUGUGUGUGUGUGUGUGUGUGUGUGCCUGGUUGUGUCCCAGUUUUCCAUUGCUUCAUUGGCUGACACACAUUGAUGUGAGUGUUGUGAUGUGAUGCACGUCUCUCUGCGAUGUCUGUGCGUAAACACAUCACAUCGUCUUUAAUAUCUCUGUCUUUAUCUUGGUGUCUAUCAGAAUCAGGAGCCCUGGCAGGGAGCCUGAUUUGAUCUGCUUUAGUAUAUUAUGGCAAAGGGUAAUGGAGAGGGAGUACACACACACACACACACACGCACAUGCACACAACCUCUUCCAUGCACAAUAUUUGUAUGUACUCAGUGGAAAGACACACUGUGGUGUGAUGACGUCAGAACACCCUAGCUCAUUCAUAGAUUAUAGAUGAUAUAGCUGUAAAGUUUAUGGUUUAUAUUACGUAUUGAAUCAUGCAAAGAUGAUUAAUGUAAUACCUUUAAAUCUUAAAGCACAGUUUUUUAUCACUUUUCCUCUCUACACUUUUUAUACCCGGUCUUUUUUUUGUGUGUGUCGUAGUCAUGGGAACAAUUGACUUGUGGAUGAGAGGUGGUUGUAGCUUCUAAACAAAUUCAUAAAUGUAUUAUUCAGUGUGAAAGGGUAUGUCAAGUCAGACACCUGGGGUGCUAAUGAGAUCACCAUACUGAGCAUAUGCAGACGUUUAACACAUGAUUCAUUUUGUACGGGGUUUUUACUCUGUUAUGUAUUUCUCUCUGAAAUUUUGAACUUUCCUGGGGAUGAACGAGGCUCUGAUGCUUUAAUCACUGUGCUCUGCAUAAAAUCAGGCAGCCUUUUGCCUUAUCCUGCUACCUGAGAGGGGCUUUUAUACUGCAGUUUAGUGUCAGUGCAGGUUGAGCUCCAUUGUCCACACUGGUCACUGAUCAGCGUCUUCCAAAAAUACUAAGUCAAAUGUAGAACUGACUGAUGUUUAGUGUGGACCAUGUAUUUUUCAAGUGCCUUUUGUUUUAAGUCUGCCUGUGUUACAGCACAAUCACACAGCUUGCUUAGCCAAAGUUCUGCUUCUCCUGCCUUAAAUUUCCAAAUGAUUAUCAUUAUUUCAAUAAAGAUAGAGUGAAUGACA